GCUGAAGGGAGGCGCGCGAGGAAGCAGGGCGGGGUGGGGCCCGCUGCGGCCCCAGCAGAGCCGAGGGCGGGCUGCGCACGGAGCUCCCACUCCCGCUCGGCCGGCGGCGCUUCGCUUCUUACCUCCCUCGCCCGGGCUUUGCAGCCAGCCAGACACCGCUGCCACAGCAGAGCCUGGGCGAGCGGCCGGGAGACUCCCCGCGCCGGAGAGAGCCCAGAGGCGGGCUGCGGGGAGCCCCGGAGUCCGGCGUGACGCUCGGGGCGGCUCCCCGCCAGGAUGCUAGAGGAGUAGGGGGGGGCAGGCGAGGGCAGCCCAGAAGGACUCAGCCGGUGGCCGCUGUGCGUGUCCCCGGAGAAGCUGAUUUCCCCCUUCCGCGCACGCCCCCCGUGUGGCCAGAGGACGGGAGCCAAGCUGGAGCUGCGGCUUCUCCUCGCCGGGAGCCGGCUGCUGGGCUGAAGCCGCGGUCCGCGGGGCUCACGCUCGCGUGCAUGUAGGUGACGGGGCGCUGCCCCCGCCCGCCUUUCCCCGCCCUCCCGAGGCUGACCUCCUGCCGGCUCGCCCCAGCCGGGGAAAGUUGGGACGAGGAGGGAGGGCUGCUUGGGAGGGGAGAGCGGGGCGGCUGGAGGAGUGAAGUGCCAGGCGGAGAAGGGGAGGGCUGGCUCUGAAGUCGCAGGCACCGAAGUCGCAGGCACCGAGGCAGAGAGCUGGCUGCUGCUCCUGGGGCUGGAGAGGGGCUUAGCAAAGGGACUGUGGAUUUACGUAGUGAUUCUCUCUGAUGUGAAUACAGCAUCUCUUGUCCCUCUGGGAUGCCGUAGGUGAUGCCUAGCUCUACUGCAAUGGCAAUUGGAGCUCUCUCUAGUUCUCUUCUUGUAACCUGCUGUCUCAUGGUUGCUCUCUGUAGCUCCACCAUACCUGUGCAAAAACUGGCCAAGGCUCCAGACAAACAGGAGAUAAAAACAAGCCAGGAAAAGAGGGAUCAUACAUCAACCAGGCCGGACAGUCAGAGUCAGACAGGCCCAGGGAAAAUGAAUGAAAUUGGAAGGAAUGGGCGGGAAGAGGGCACCAGAGAUUGGAAGAGCAAAGGAAACAGAAAUUAUUCAAACAAAGAAUCUUGGACUAAGCAAAAACAGGUUUGGAGUAGUCAGGGAACAAGCAGUAAAUCUGGGAACAUUCAAGCACAGGAGCAAAGGGAUGGUGUUCCAGAGGAACCUCAGGCCGCUGAAGAAUCAUCCCUCCCAGAAGUUGUUGCUAGUACUACUCCUGAGCCUCCAGAGGAGUAUGCCUAUCCAGACUACCGUGGGAAAGGCUGUGUGGAUGAGAGUGGCUUCGUUUACGCUAUCGGGGAGAAGUUUACUCCAGGUCCCUCUGCUUGCCCCUGCCUUUGCACUGAUGAGGGACCUCUGUGCAUUCAACCUGAGUGCCCAAGACUCCAUCCACGGUGUAUUCAUGUAGACACCAGUCAGUGCUGCCCACAGUGCAAAGAGAGGAAGAACUACUGCGAGUUCAGGGGAAAGACCUACCAGACACUCGAAGAAUUCAUGGUUUCUCCAUGUGAGAAAUGCCGUUGCGAAGCCAAUGGUGAAGUGCUGUGCACAGUGUCUGCUUGUCCUCAGACUGAAUGUGUGGAUCCAGUGUAUGAGCCAGAUCAAUGCUGCCCCAUCUGCAAAAAUGGCCCAAACUGCUUUGCAGAAACCACUGUCAUUCCAGCUGGCCGAGAGGUGAAGACUGAUGAAUGCACUAUAUGUCACUGUACUUACGAAGAAGGCACUUGGAGAAUUGAACGACAAGCUAUGUGCACUAGACAUGAAUGCAAACAAAUCUAGGGAAUCUACAAAUCAAAGUACUAUGAUGUUUUUAUAAAAUACUUCACUGCAGUGAAAACCUAGAUAAGCCUGGGAAAGAUUAUUUAUUGUAAUAAGAAUAUUUUUGGUGAGGAGAAAAAGAUCAUCAUACUGGUAUUUUGUUUUUCAUAGUAAUGCAAUACUGCAAGUCAAAGAAAUCCAUAUACUUAAAAAAGUUUGGACAUAAAAAAUCCUGUCUUAACGUUUUAUUUUCAUGGUGAGUGCACUGAGUACACUCUAUCAAAUAUUCUAUGUAUUUAUAUAAUCCCAUUAUAGAGGUUAAAAUAAAUGUUUUAUAUAGAUACAGAUUAAAAUAUGGUACGGUCACCUGUCCUACUGUGUACAUGCACCAUGCCUAAAACAUUUCUGUUUUAGUUUUAUUAGGACUUUAUUUUUGGUGGGCAACAAUAAUAGACGUGUGGCCAGGAAACAGCCAGCAAAUCACAUAUUUCAGGUACUUCAAAGUUCUACCUUUUGAAAAUAUACGGUAUAAGCUUUAAAAUAAUGUGCUAAAUUUAUUAUAUGUGCAAAAGUAGACCAAAUUCUCUUUUCAGUUAUUCUGCGUGCAUCUCCAGUGGCCCUGCACUAAUAUAACUGGGAAGAGAGUAUGAAAUUGUGACUUUGAUUAUAGUAAUUAAUUGUUUCAGAACUCUAAAAAUGGAUCCUAUAAGAAUUAAUUUCAGGUAUUUACACAUCACAUCAGGAUGAAUUCUUUUGUGAUGUAAAGCAUCCCAUAUCUGAUAUAAGGGCUGUAAGUGACUAAACAAUUCAGCUCGCAAUGAUUUUACAUUUAAUGGUUGUGAAAAACAAGUACAACUGACAACAGCGUAUGACGGGGAGUAUAACAGGAGAAGCAAUUAACAGGUGUAAGAUAAAAUAGUGGAGAUCUGCUUUAUUUAAACACGCUCUUGGUUUUUCUGCUACUCUCAUAAAUUACACUUGGGUUGAAUCACUAGUGAAGCCCAGGUUCAAGAAGGCACUUAAGUAUGGACUUAACUAUAGCAUAUGCUUUGCUGAAUUAUUGCAAUGUUAGUAGUUAAUUACAUGACACCUGAUGCGUAACUUACAUUGUUUAGCUCUCAGACUUCUAUUAGGAUUUCAAUGGAAGUUUUGCCAUUAACUUCAAAGGGCCAAAGUUUGGAUUUUGCUCAUAUAGCUAUCAGUCGCCAGACAACUGUUUCUCAACCAGAUCAUGGACAAGAAAAUGAUGAAACUAUGAAGCAGCAAAGACAUAAAAUGCACAGCAGGCUUAAGUAACCAUAACAAUUAAAAAUCUGAAGAAAAAUAAUCCUACAACAAAAUGUACUUCAAGUUCACAUAUAGCCUCAGUCCAUCGAGGUGGACAAUCGAGGAAAGUAGGUUUUGGACUGAUUAUGAUUUUUUCAAAUGUGUUCUGAACCCAUCAACUAUCAAAAUGAUUUUUCUCAAGCCUAUGUACAUGUAUAUAAAGUACAUCAAAAUAUUAUACUAAAAAGCUAUCAUCAAUAAGCAGCAGAAAGAACGUCCAACACAUGUACCCUAAAUGUUUCACUCUUGGCAUAAAAAUAUUACUCUGCUAGCGGUAGUAAAUGGAAAUCACUAAUGGGCAGAUUGUGAAGAGCUUCAUCACAUGUGUGCACCCAACAUGUGGAGCACUCUUGCAAAUCUGGACAUAGAAGUGCUUGAUCCUGCUACCUCUACCAACAAUAGUACCUCAUUCCCUGAGUGGAAAUUACUAGCGCAGUAAGGUCCUACUCAGUCUAACUAAAGGUGGCAGAAUUUGGCCCUAAAUCAGAGCCAAAUCCUAUUCACCUUACAAAAGUAGUUAUGUUACUCAGCUGAAUAAAGCAAACAGAUUUUGGUCCCAAGUUGCUAAGGGCUAGAUUCACAAAGAUAUUUAGGAUUCCAACAUUUAGGUGCCACUGCCAUUCUCAAAACCACUACUCAGCUUCUGCCUAGCCCUGCAGGUGCCUAAAUUUCUACCAGUCAGCACAUGCAAAGCCCUGAUGUUGCCCCACAGCUAAUGAGUGAGGCUUCUGAGCAAUCCAAGCCAAAGCCCUCCUGGGAUUCUCAACCCAGGUGUUUCCCACCUUCAACAGAAUUGAUUGAAAGACCCAACACAGAGGUUAAGGCACUCAUCUGGAAUGUAGGGGAGGUGGGUUCAAAUCCCUGUUCCAAUUCAGGGGCACAGUUAAUACUGAGCAUUUUCCACUUCACAUUUUUAAUCCUGACACCGACAUAACCAUUUCAGUCUUUUUCUAAUUUCAUCCAGAAUUUCCUGUCUGAUUUAUGUGAUUUCUUAUCAUCUCUCAGGUGUCUCUGGUUUACUGAAGAUGUUUCUCAAAUAUUUUUGAGUUGCAGAGACUGCUUUUUAAAAAUCAGGAUUGGGAGGAUGGCAAGAUGGCUAUGGAACCUUCUACAUCUAGGUCACUGAACAAAACCCAGCCCAGGUCCAUAGUAACUACUGCCAGCUGAGGACUGUUCAGUGGCCUGUGUGAAAUUGAUGGGCAAAGGCAAAUUUCUAGCGCAGAUGUUAACGCUGCACAAAAAACAACCCAUAAUGGGCUCUGACUGGCAUUCUUGUUGACAGCCUCAGUAAAGAGGCAAAGAAGUGAACAAGCAGGAGCACUGUACUCUACAAGGGUGAUUCUACUAUGUCAGUGAACAGGAACAUUGGCAAUGUAAUGUGUGAGAGCAUGUCAGUAUGUGGCUCUGAUACCUGUGCAUGUGAACUUCAGGCUCCAGCGCUGUGGAUUUGGCACCUUGUAGAUGCACUAAUUUUUAUUUAGAGUUUAUCUUAAUUCUUCCCAUCAUCACCUUUUAGACUAGUGCUGAUUUAGCCACUUUGACAGAACAAUAUCCUCUCCCCUUCAAAAAGAAAAAGAAAAGGAAUGUACAACCUGCAGUGGGAUGUUGUCCCCCCCAGGUGCUGAGGACUACACCAGAAAGAAAAAAGGUACAUCUUACAGAGUCUUUCAAAUAGCAGUGGAAAAGAACAAUAAAACCUUGCCAAACAUGGAAUACAGGAAACAGCCUGUCCAGCUGUAGACUUUUUUCUAAAACUUUUUAAGCAGAACAGAAUGUUCCUCGUGUCCAUAUUAGAUACCGAUGUUGAAAUCUAUAUUGAUCUAGCUCUCACCACAUAACUGAAGUAAUAUUCCUGUUUGAAUGUAGGAGCACAUGCGGUUUAAUUUCUUCAUGCAAAAGUACAAAUAAGAUCCAACUACAUAGUUCCUAAUGAGCAAACCCACACAGUGUAUUGAGUUGCAUUGACUAUCAUACUGCGAAGUGUUCAGCUGAGGUUUUAACAAAAAUGAAGAGACAUUAAAACAAUGAAAACAAGCUCUGUUUUGCUAACAGACAAUGUACUGGAAGUUAAAUAUAACUCUUUCCAAUUUAUAAUUUUAAUCAAGUAAAACAUAUGUUACUGAAGUGAAGAAAUGUCAGUUUGCCAUAAAAUGAUAGUUUUAGAAUCUGUGGUAAGAAUAUGUAAUACUGCAAAUAAUAUUGGGUUAUCACUUAAUGUAUAUUGUCAAAAACGGGAAAAUACCUCAAGCCAGUUAAAAUGGUCAAAGACACCUGCCGUUGUUCAAGCAGUGUUACUUAUUUCAGCUGGUUGGCAAUUCUCUAUCUUGCAGAUUUUCAUCCAUAAGAACUAGGACCCUACCAAAUUCAGCAUCCAUUUUGGUCAAUUUCAUGCUCAUGGGCUUUUAAAAAUAGUCAAUUUCUCUGAAAUUUCACAUGUGAACAUCUGAAACAGAGUGUUGUAACCGUGGACGUCCCUACCCAAAAAGGAGUCAUGGGGGGGGGGGUCGCAGGAUUCCCACCCUUACUUCUGUGCUGCCUUCAGAGCUGGGCAGCCAGAGAGCUUUUGAAGCCAGUGCUACCGCCAGCAUAGAAGUGAGGGUUGCAGGGUAUGGGGGGUGGGGGCACAUUAUUGGUUGGUGACUGCUAAGGGCUGUAGGGGGCUGGAGUUGGGGAGGUGCAGGGCUGGGGCUGCCCCAGCUGGGGACUCCUACCAUGUGCUGGGCUCCAGCUGCUUGUCCCAGCCAGGCAGGGUAGGGAUGGGACUUCCUCAUGUCCUGCAGGGGCCACUUUAGGGGCCAGGUGAGACCUACCCCCGGGAAUCUCCCAUGGCUGCCUGCAGCUGCCGGUUGGGAGCCCAGCUCUGAAGGCAGUGCAGCUGUGGAGCUUCCUGCAGCCAGGGGAGAUUCCGAGAGGUGGGUCUGAUCUGGCCCGGGAAUGGCCCCUGCAGAGGAAGAGCAAGUUCUGUCCCUCCCCAGUCCAGCUGGGACUAGCAGCUGGAGCCCAGCACAUGGUAAGAGCCCUCCUCCCCUACAGUAGCCAGAUUUCACAGCUCAUGGCACAUUUUUCAUGAAUUUGGUAGGGCCUUAACUAAAUUUCAAAACCUGCUAACGGGUCACGAAUAAGUCUGUAUUUCAUGGUGAAUGGAUGUUUUUGUGGGGGAGGUGUGAAGAUGAGUGGGCAUUCGUCUUUCCCGAGUUGUUUUUAGUGAUACUUCCAUGAACACAGGGUCUCUGCUUUUAAUUCUCCUGCUUAUUCCCUAUCUGAAAUCAGAGCCAACUUAACAGUGCAACUCUGACUUCUGUGGCUUUACAACAGGAGUGAAUUUGGCCUCAAAUACGCAUAAGUAGGUUCUGCAGAGAUCUUGCCACAUAUGGUUUCUGAUAGAGGAAUAGGCAGAGAAUAUUUAAAAGAAAAAAAAAGUCUUUCAUAUAAAAUGUUCCUAUUACUAAGAAUGGGGGGAAAAAUAGAAAAUGUGAGAUCAAAACUAUUUAUAAAUAUAACUUCUUUUCCAGCUUUCUCCAUGAAGCAUUCAGUUGUUCUUUAUUUGUUCUUUUCUGUUAGAUUCAAAGUGAUGGUCAGAAGGGAUGAAAACAUAGUAGAUGGAAAGGUUAAAAGCUUAACAAAAAACAAAAACAAAAAAAGCAGCAUUCAGAAGUUUGCUCCCAUGUUAUACUGUAGUGCAACUGCCUGGUACAUUAUGAGAGCCUUUAAACUGCACAAGUUGAAGCAUCGGUAUGUUCCUGUCUAACUAUUCUUAUUGGGAUUUGGGGGCAAGGGGACAGGAAAGACAGAAAAAGACACCAAAUAGAGAAGAUAAUAUUGUAAAGGCAAAUAUAGCCAUUCUUAAAGGUUUUUAUCAUGGGAAAAAAGGUGAGAACAGAAGAACAUCAGAAAGAGGAAGAGCCAUAAUGGUAUGAGUGUGACAAUGGAAGAAAUAUAUAAAGCCAAACAAUAAGGAGAAAACUACAGAAUUUGAGUAUAGGAAGGUGAUGGAACAGAAAGACUAUGAGUGUGAGGGAAAUUAACAAAGUAAGAAGAGGUUCAAGGGGUGGGGGAACAAAAUGGUGUGAAAAGACAAGGAGGUUGCAAUAACAUAUCGUAGGACAAAAGAAAUGAGGAGUACAAUAACAAAGCAGUAAAGAAGUUGACACAACACAGAAAAGCAGAAGACUGAGGCCCUGAUUAGGAAAGUGCUUAUGUAGCUGUCCAGAAUAGAGAUGGAUCCUUAAACUGGGGCCUAUACCACCAAAAAAGAGAGGAAAACAAUCAUAAUUAAGAGAUUCCUCACUCUUUGGAAAAAAUAUCUCAUCUCUAUAUUCUCACACUAUGUUUACAUUACACUGCAGGACUAUUAAUUACUUUUAGUGUGAAAAGUCUAUCUUUUGAAGGCAAUUAUAUUAAAUGGAUCAUGAGUUAUUUCCACAUUAGAUACAGGGGAUUUUGAAAAGGAAUUCAUUUAAAAGUCAGGCUGACAUAACCCAUUUCCCUUAACAGCCAACAUGUUCCUUUUACAUACUGUGUUUAUAUGGCUUCAUGGAAAGUACACUCUGCCCAGUACAUUGCUGAAAAACCCCAAGGAAAGAAAAGACAAGACCAUGGUAGGGAAAAAGAAUAUUACUUUCCACUUUGCUAUCCAUACAUCCAAAUCAUUCAUCAAUUCUAGGUAAAAAAGGAAUUUUAGAUUAAAGUUCAAGCAUCUUACCAUUUGUGAUAUUAAAGACAACCCUAAAAUCAAUCAUGCUCCAAUACACAAAAGGCAUUGAGAGUGUUAAACUGUAGAUGAUGAUGAAAUAUCUCAUAGAAACACUUUGCAGUAAGAACCAGAUUCUAAUGUAACACUGAAAUCAUGGAAGCAAAUGUCCCACGAAGCAGAAAAAUCAAGGCUAAAUAUCAGAAAAAAAGUGUCCAGUCUGAGAUAUCAGACUAUGGAUCAGCCUCCUACCAAAUGAGGUAGAGAUGCUACUACUUGAUUAACUUUAAACAGGAUUGUUUAAAGUUACAACAGAAUCCUGAAUUGGUAAAGAGAUAAGUAACAUGACCUAGUAUAUAUUUUUGAUGGCUAAUUGUGGAUCAGUCAUGAAAACACCGCACCUUGAUUAGCUGGAGCUAAAUUAAUUGAAAAAAAUCUUAUUUACCUCUGAAUUUAUGAAGUAACGUUUACUAAUUUCUGUUUCCUGAUGGCUCAACUGAGGCUAAUAACACAUCUAGACCCUGUAACUUCAUUUCUUGUUAAGUUGUAAAAGGAAAAAAAAUGAUAACAUAAGAAAUGAAAGGUUAUAAAAAGGAGAUAUUGCAUUCUGAAUAUUUUCAUCAGGAUGUAUCAACACAUAAAAGUGACAAUAUUUUGACAUAGUCAACAUUCAUUGUCCCUCAAGGUAAAUAUUGGGCUUACCCUUGCAUCAGUCAACAGUCUUGGUGUUCACCUUAACAGCAGUCAACAUCUCAUCUGGUGUGAGAUCCUCCCUUCCAUUGGUUCCCCUCUAGACCAAGUAAAAGGGCUAGAAUGUCUUAAAGGGGUCCUCAGCAGAGUGGAUUGUGGGUGGAGAAUUCUCCUGGUGCAGAUAUUGUAGGAGGCAGCUGCAAGGUUUCCCUCAAAGUACCUACAAGUCCUAGUGGGAGUGCUGAGGAUGGGCCUAGGUCUGAUAUAAAAGACAAAAUUAAUGAGAAAAUAAAAUAAAAGCAAAGGUGACAUGGCAAUAUCAGUUCUUGCACAACAAUGAAAAGUAGCAAACUAAGCAACAGGUAUAGCAAGAUUAAAUGGGAAAUAUAAAUACAAGUCUUACAUGGAAUUAUCACUGAGAACUGAAAAAGACAGAAAAUGAAAUUUUCUGAUUUAUAUGCAAAGAAGUUUGCAAUUUCCAGCCAGGCAUUGAGAGAAUAAGGAAGUAUUUUGAAGGAAAUACAAGAGAGAAAACUGGAAAAUAUGGAAAUAUUUUGGGAAGCAUGAAAAAUAUUGAUGGCAUAUCUAUAUACAGAAUGUACACAAACAUUUGCUGACAGUACGUGUAAAUAUAUUCACAAAUUACCAAAUUCUGAUCUUGGUUACAUCAAUGUAAAUUAAUUUCCAGAUUAACACCAAUGUAACUGAGAUCAACGUUUGUCUCAUAGACUAUAUAUCAUACCUGUAUUUAAUUGUGAUUAAUGAAUUAUCAGAUAUGAGAAUGGGUAUAAGUAAUCUUGUGAGGAAUGCACGUUCAUAGAAGGUGAAAUUCCCUCUAUGUAGUAAAACAGCACAAGGCUUAUGUACUAGUGGUACUAUUUAAUCCCUCCAAAUAAGUCUCAGGUAGGAUUUAAGUGGUAUAUAGGCAUUGAGUUGGCCUGAUUCAUGGAAUGAAUUUCACUCAUUAUGAGGAGCAGAAAAAACAACCAUUUUCCACACUAUGCUACAAUGUGUGCAUAGAGACUCAAGGCAAGACCCUUAUAGGAUAUGACACAUCAAAAUAAAAAGAACUAUUGCAGCAUAACCCUUAUCAAUUCAAUUCUAUCCCAAGAAGUAUGGUUGAUAUUUCAUAAAUGCUUUUGGGGAUGGAAUUGUGUGCCAACUAGUUUUUUUUAAAAGGCGCAUCAGAUUGAUAAAUGUACUUCUCUAUUUAUAAAAAAAGUAAAAAGUGCAUCUUAAUCUAUAUUUCUACUGCCUUAAAAACUAAUAAUUAAUUCCAGAGGGUAAUCCUGGCAUUUAUUUGCAGUAGGUACUGUACAAAGCUCCAUCUGCUUACAUUACUUGGCAUGUUACCAGCACAAGACUCACCGUUUCCUAUGCUUUAUUAACCAUUGAUAAGUCAAACUAAUGCUAAGUAAUUUAGUGUUAUUGUGAUUGGCUAAUUAUGGAGAUGACAUUUUAUGUGCAGUGCUUCAAAUCAGUGUAACCACACUUACAGUUUGCAUUCUGUUUAUCCCUGUUUACCAAUGAAAAUGUGGAACAACUAUGAUUUGGUCAUUUUGUAGAUUCCAGUUGACCAUAGAUUAAUUUCAUAAUUUACUGCUAAAGCUCCCCCCCCCCCCCGCCAAACACUGCUUUUUUCUCAGCUACUUGUUUUAAAAUGGCGUUUGAUAAAAAUAGCUAUUUUAUAUAUUCUGCUAAAUAUUAGAUAUGCUGUUUAUACAACUGUUUCAGCAAUAAAAAGUCAUUCUGUUAA